AUGUCUUCCCAGAACACUUCCAACUCUUCAAGCUCCGGCUCGACUUCGGCGGGCAACAGCGGCAGUGGAGGCUAUACUACCACCAGCUCCGGUACCAACGACCAGGGAAACCACUACUGCUCUCGCGACUACGGCUCUGGCGCCUCAAACUCCAACUCUUACCACUACUCCAACACCAACGGCUCGUACUACUACAGCAACCCUAACGGCUCGACCUACUACAACGAUGGUAGGGGUGGCUCAAGCUACAAUCCUGGCAAAUAG